AUGGCCAACUUAUUCAAAGAAAAGCCGCCAACCCUGGAGACUUUAAUUGACCUCGCCUUACAAGAAGAAAGAGAAAAAUAUGAAGCCAACGCACGCAGGACUUUAGAAAUUUUAACAAUCAAAGACAACACAAUCCAAGACCUUCAAAGAAUCAUUGGUGACCAAAGACAUGAAAUAGCUGAGCUUGAGCACCAAUUAGACGACGCACGAGUCCUUCUAUUAAAUACCGAAAAAUCUUUGGAAUCAGCAUACCAGACAAUAGAAGAGCUGAAAACGAACAAUUUUGACAAAGAGCAGCUGUCCCAAAGCCUUAAAAAUGAGCUUGAUAUGCUAAAUGAGAAAUUCCAUAGAACGCUUACUCUCCCCCCAUUUAAUAACGAACACUUGUUUUGUUCGUUAUUAAAUGGGGUCUAACUUAUAAAAUUUUUGGAAAAAAAAUAUAUAUAAAAUUUAUAUUAAAUAUCUAUGAUUGUUUUAUAUAAAAAUUUCAAUUAAAGAGUUAAUAAUAAAAGGAUUCAAAUGAUUGCAACAGAAAGAGAAAGCGCCUAAAUGAAAGCGAAAAGAUAACUAUUGCUAACUCCACCCCUCCGUGAGGAGCGAACAAAACCAUUAGAAAAUCCCUCGCCUUCCGUUAGCGAAUAAAUUUUUUUUUAAUAGAAAAAUUUUUUAUGGAAAAAAAAUUUGAUAUAUAAAUGAUAUACAAAUUGCCCGAGGAUGGCGCUAUUUUGCGCCAUCUUCGGGCAAUUUGUAUAAUUAUUAUAAUGAAAUCUGGAGCUAAUUCUGUUUAAUUUUAAAUAAAUUACGUUUUAAAACAUAAAUUCUACAAAUUCAAUUAAUAUUUGCUUUCCAAUUUUUGCGAAUUAGGAUUUUUUAAAAUUUAGAAAAAAAAAAAUUUUACAAAAAAAAUUAACCCCCUUCGUAAGCGAACAAGAUGUUUUUGCUCGCUCACGGAGCGGGGAGUAAAGCACCAGCUUAAGAUUAAGCUAUUAGCUCUUAUUUAUUAUUCUUUGCUCGAUUAUAUUUGUCCUUAUCUUAUUCUAACUACUUAAAAUUAGUAAACUAUACUAAAUUAGUUUAUAUAAAAAUUUUAUAGUAAAUUUUGUUCGUUAUUUUAAAUGGGGCUAAGGAAAAAUUUUUAGGAAAAAAAAUGACGGUUUUGUUCGUUAUUAAAUGGGGGGGGAGUUAAAGGCAGCGAAGUGCUUGAAAUGAGCGACACCAUUGCUCAGCUGCAGAAAGACCUUGAAAAUGAUAAAAAAGAAGCUGAAACUAAUAUCCAAAAAAUAAAUGACCUCACAAAUAAGUUGAGGAAGGUAGAAGAAGAAGCUCACAAGCUGAAACAGAGGGAGCAGUAUGUGCUGGAACUGAGUGAAAGGCAGUCUUCAAUUAGAGAGGAUAAUGAAAAAGUGAUCCGUGAAAAAGAACAGGUGAUCACUGAAUUGAGGACUAAAGUGUCAACACAGGCUGAACAUAUCGAAGCUUUGCUUGGAAAAUUCUCACAGUCAAGUUACCAUGAUGUGCUCAGCAAGGUCUUGCAGCUUGAAGAAGAAAAUAAAAAUUUAUCAAGGCAGCUAGCUGAAAGCCAGAGAUCAUCAGUUACUUUUAAACAAGAAGAUUUAGAAGGAAGCCCAGAUGGCGAAGUAAGCGUCAAAAAAAUUCAAGACUUGGAAAGUGAAAAUACAAGACUCUAUGAAGAAUUGAAGAUAAGCAGAGACCAUUAUCGUGACCUAGAGAACUCAAUUGCCAAUAAAAAUAAAGAACUUAUCGAGCUGCAAAACCAAUUAAUUGAAAUCCAAAAAUCAAGAUCUCAAGAAAGCUUGACCAGAGCUAGCCCAGACGAAGAGCUAUCCCAGCUUUCUAAUUCUUUAAGAACUGAACAGAUGAAAUCUCAGCAGCUUGAAAGAGAAAACGCAGACCUCAAGCAUAUAGUUUCCUCUCUUGAACAGUCUAAUAAAGAACUCCACCAAGACCUCUCUGGCAUUUUAACCAAAAUUGACGGCACUGAGUCCUACACACAAAAUCUUGCUGCCCAAACUCAGCUAGUUUCCAGACUAAAUGCAAGAAUUACUGCAUUAAAGAACAGAGAAGAGCAAGCAUUACAGCAGCUGGUAAGAGCUGAAGAAGCAAUUAACAAAUUAAAGCAGCAAUUUGAAGAAGAAAGGCAAGCUUGGAAUACCGAAAAAGACUCAAUACUUAAAGCUUCCAAAAAAGCAAAAGUAGUCAAACAUAGCCAAGACACCCAAACUGACGUGAAAAAAGAAGGAUUGGAAUUUGAAUGGGAAGAGUUCGAAAGCAGAAGAUAUGAAAAAAGCAUUGCAGACCUUAAUAAAGAAGUCACACUAUAUCAGAUGAAACAUUAUGAAGUCUUAAAAGACAACCAUGCUCUCAAAGAAAAAUUCAGCCAAAAAGAAAGUCAGCAUGUUGAAGAAAUCAGCAGGCUGCAAAGAGAAAUUAUGCAGCUGGAGAAAAAGAAUGAAAUUUCUGAAGAGCAGCUUGGAGAAGUGAAAAAGUCACUUGAUCAGCUUGGAGUAAAGCUUGAUAAGAUGAAAGAUUCAAGAGAUGAGCUUAAAUCACACUUUGAAGCGCUAGAAAAAACAGCUAAAAGUGAAAUUUCAAAGCUGACUGAAGAAAGAAAUAAAUUGAAAUUAGAACUGGAAGAAAGCGAGCUUAAUGAUAAAAGGAAAACUCAACAAAUUGCGAUUUUAUUUGAAACUAUUGAAGGCAGUGAAGAUAUUGAUAAAAAACUAGUUGAUCUUGCUGGGAAGCUAGGGACUAGCAAAGCUGUAGAAGGCUCAUUGAUAAAACAAAGGUCUGAGCUCAUGACCCAAGUUAUCAAUCUUCAGAAGAAGCUAGAAGAACAAACAAGAAUUGCUAAUAAAGCUUUGGAAAAUGACGAAGAAUCACUGCUCCAAAGAUCUAAAUUAGAAAAAAUCAAUGAAGAGCUUUAUAAGAAGAAUAGCGAACUUAAGCAGCAAUUAGCCUUAAAAGAAUAUGAUAUCCAGGCUUUGCAAACUCAAUAUAAAAGGUCUCAAGACGAUGAAAAAAGCUUACUCCCCCUCCGUGAGCGAACAAAACCAUUAGAAAAAUCCCUAUUUUUUGCCCAAAAAUCCACUCUCACUCUCUGUGAGCGAACAAAAAUUUUACACAUGGGAAAAAAUUUUUGAUAUAUAAGUGAUAAUUAGUAUAAUGAAAUCUCUAGCUAAUUCUGUUUAAUUUUAAACAAAUUGCGUUUUAAAACAUAAAUUUUAUAAAUUUAAUUAUAAUUUGCUUUCCAAUUUUUGCGAAUUAGGAUUUUUUUUAAAUUUUCGAAAAAAAAAUAAAACCCCCCCUCCGUGAGCGAACGAAAUUUUUUUUUCGCUCACGGAGGGGGGAGCUAAAAGAAAAAGUUACCCUGUAUAUACAGCAGCUAAAUGAAAGCCAAAAAAGACAUGCUCAAGUACUAGCUAAAGAACGGCAAGAUUUCAGGGACAAUCUACUCAAGGUUAGAGAUGAAAAGGAGCAAAAAUCAGGCCAAGAGUCUGACAAAUCUCUUGUAUUAGCUAUUAAUCAGCUUUCAAUCUCACUAGGCAACGCAGGAAAAAGGAUUAAUGAGCCUGAAGUUUUUAGCAAAAUCUGCAAGCAGCUACAAAACUUAGUUUUGCUAUGUGACGAAACUAUCCUCAGCAACGGGUCUAAGCUCAGAGAGCUUGAAUUUCUUGUCAAGGCAAAUGUUUACUUCAAAUAUCUAGACUCAAGUACUAUAGAAGCAACCGACAGACUUAUAGACCAAGUCGAGCUGCUUACAAAUGAACUCACGUUUUGGAGAAACCCUUCAAACAUGCCAAACCCCGAAAUCUACCAUUCUAGGAUCAAAGAGCUUGAAAAGUCUAUAAUUGAAAAAGAAGAUAUACUAAAAAAUAUAGAAGAUGAGUCUAUUGAGCUUAAAAGACGAUGCGAAGUUUAUGAUAUCAAGGUCAAAAAGCUUGAAGACAUGCUAAAAAUGAUUGAGUUGAACAAAAAAGCAGUCGAAAGAAGCUGCAUGAACCGCGCUGAAGAAGAAAUAAAAUCCAAGCUUAGAAUCCGUGAUGAAGAAAUCAGAUCUUAUAUAGACUCAUUAUUAAGCAAAGCGUCUUUAGACACUACAGAAGGCAGCCGACUUUUACUUUUAGGCCGCGAAAUUACAGCUCUUAAAAUUCAGCUUGCUGAUUUUCAGUCUCUUUAUGAAGGCUUAUGCCACGAAAGAAAUUCCCUUGAAAUCACAAAUGAAGGCCUAAGCGCACUUAUAGAGGAAUCUGAAAAAAGAGACGUCCCAAUCAAUAUCAAUAUUAUCAAUACUACCAAUACAAGGAACUUACUUGAACAGAAACAAGCAGAAAUUUUCAAGCUGAAAGAAGCUUUUGAAACCAGAAAAGAAGAAAAUUCGUAUCUUCAGCAAAAAGUUGCAAGACUUGAAAAGGAGCUUGCUGCAUUGAGGAAUUUAAGAGCACAACAAAGCGAAAGCGAGGGGCCAAAGGAACAAGAACUGAGGAAAGAAAUCAGUGAAUUAAAAGAAGCGCAAAGAGUAGAGUUGGAAAACAUUAAAACUAAUUGUGAAAUUGAAAUCAAGAGGAAUAAAGAAGAACUGGAUUUAGAGUAUGCUAGGAAAUGUGAAAAAUUUACAGAUGGGAAUUAUCCUGGAUAUUUCAAGCAGCAGAAUGAACAGAUGCUGAUGGAUAUUGAUGAUUUGUUAAAAGAAAACCAAAGGCUUCAUGAUGAAAAUCUGCAGUUCACUACAAAAUUCCAAGUGCUGACGAACCAAAAUUCAAAACUUAAAGAAGAGUUAGAUGCAAGAAACCAAAUUAUGAAUGACCUACAAGCAGGACUUGGCAUUGAAACUGAAAAAAGCCAGUCUCAGCCUGCCAAAAAAGGAAAGAAAGGCUCUUUAACAUUAGAAAAACCUUCAAGGCCUUCUGGGUUUGCACCACAAAGACUUAUCCGAGCUUUAGUGGUCGCCAAAAUGGGCGAAUCCGAUGCUUGUAGAAAGCUCAGAACUUCUGGCAAAGCUUUAGCUGAUCUUCGCGAAAACUUAAUUAAAAAAGAAGAAUCAGUCAGAACUUAUGAAGCAAGAAUCAAAGGCCUGAAGCGAUAUAUGGCAAUCCAAAAAGUCCCAGAACCAAGCGACGAAUAUUUCCAUGAAGAGGAAGAAGAGCAUCCUUCUAUUGUUUCCCUAAAAAGAAGGAUCAGAGAAGUGGAAAUAGAAAACUCAGAACUCAGACUAAGUGAAGCUAAUGCCUGGGGACAGUACAUGCCUAUUUCGAAUUUGUGGCACCAAGAAGAUAAUGUAAGAGAAGACGACUAUGGCUACCUUAUUGAAGGGGUUAUUUAUUUAAUAGACCAGCUCUGCGAAUCUGAUAGGGAUUCUCAGUCUUCAGUUUGUGGAUCUAUAGAUGGGAAAAAAUCACCAACAAUUGAGCAAUGCCAAAGAAUUGUUAUAAAAGCCCUCACGAAAGGAAUGAAUAAACUUAUGAGAGGAGAUGAAAGCUUGAAAUCUUUAGUAGAAUUCCAGCCUUCAAAAGAAGAAGAUAGGCAGCUAUGGUAUGUCGAACUGUUGGAAACACAAUUGAAUAUUGCACAUAAUACAAUAAGAAACCUUGUAGAGUUCACCAACCGAAUUUCAGUCGAAAUCACAGGAAAUAUGACAAGCAGCGCACAGUAUAAAGGUGCAGCAAUGGACUUAGCGAAGUCUACAAAAGAGACUGCUCAAGAACUAGACAUUUUGAAACAAGCCUGCAUUUUAAUUAGAAGCGAUCUUGAAGAAGUAAGAGGAAUUGGAGAAAAUAUCCAAGGAAAAGAUGAUAACCUUUAUAAAGAAAGAGCCAUUCUUGCUGAAGGGAUGAAAAAGAAACUAGAAGAAGAGCUGCUUAAAACGAAAUUAGAACAUUCUUAUGAAACCAGUGAAAUGAAUGAUCAAAUUAAUCAAUUAAAAGCUGAAAGCAAAGAUAUUGCUGAGAAGUUUGAAGAAGUGCUAGAAGAAAAUAGGAAGCUAGAUACUGCUUUGAAUGAAACUAAGAAACAAUAUAACAAGCUUGAAAUUGAAUAUGAUAAGGUAGCUCAAAAUAAUGAAAAAUUAGGAAAGGAGAUUGAAAAUAUGGGAGAGCUGAGAGAAACUACUGGCAAAAAGGUUGAAAAAGUCCAAAAUGAUAUGAGACAAUGGCAAACUGAGCAUCAAGAAACCUUAAUUUCUAAAGAUAAACUUGUUGCAGAGCUACAAAAGCAAGUAAAGAUGCUACAAGAUGAAAAAAAUAAGCAUGCUUCUGAAAAUACAGUUUUAAAGAAAAAAAAUAGAGAACUACGAAACGAUAUAGACGAGUUAAGAGAAGCCAAAGGUGAGCCAGAAGAGCUUAAAAUGCUUAAAAUCAAAAUAAACGCACUUAAAGACGACUUAAAGUUCGAAAUGGAAAGAAACAAGCGCGAAAAAGAAGCCCAAGAAAACAAAAUCACCCAGCUUGAAGAAUACGUAAACUACUACAAAUCCCAAGAAGAAGCCAAAAAGAAAGAAAAAAGAAGCAAAAGUGUAGGCAGGCCUCCAAAAGAAAAAGCAGAAAAAGCCAUCAAAGAAGAAGAAAAAGAGCUAAUGGAGCACACUUAUACCAUCCAAAUAAUGAAUUUAAAGCAAGCUUAUGAGUCUCAAAUUCAAAAUUUAAAUACCCAAAUGCUUGCCCUCCACUCUACAUUAAGAGAAAAACUAACUGUUUUAGAUGAUGAAAUCAGAAAGAGAAUUGAGUCAGAAAACAAGUUCAGAGAAUUUUAUGAAGGCCAAGCAGACUCUGAUAAAAGGAUUGGGCAGCUUGAAGAAGAGUGAAAAGAAGAAGUAAGAAAAUUAGAAAUGGCCUUAGCAAGAACUCAAGAUGAGCUUAAAUUAGUCAAAGAUGACAGAGAUAAGCUUUUACAGAGAUUUGAUGAAAAAGCAAGCACUGCUGAAGGAAUGGCAGAAUAUAUAAAGAAAAUUGACCAAGACCGCAGAUCAAUGGAACAAGAAUUUAAGGGCGAAAUUUUCAAAUUAAACCAAAAAAUCCAAGAAUCAGCUACAAAGGUAAAUGAAUUUAAAUCUCUUAAUGGUGAUCUUAACUCCCCCCCCCCCCCCCGUGAGCGAACAAAACCAUUAGAAAAAUCGCCAUUUUUUGACCAAAAACCCACCCUCCGUGAGUGAACAAAAAUAUUUUUAAUAGAAAAAAUUUUAAUGGGAAAAAAAUUUUGAUAUAUAAGUGAUAAUUAGUAUAAUGAAAUCUAGAGCUAAUUCUGUUUAAUUUUAAACAAAUUGCGUUUUAAAACAUAAAUUUUGCAAAUUAAAUUAAAUAUUUGCUUCCCAAUUUUUGCAAAUUAGGAUUUUUUUAAAUUUCGAAAAAAAUAUUUUUUAUAAAAUUUAUAUAUAAAUUUUUUUUAAAAAAAAAAUUAACCCCCCCUCCGUGAGCGAACAAAAUUUUUUUGUUCGCUCACGGAGGAGGGGGGGGGGAGUAAGGAAAAACUAAAUACUGCAGAAAAGCAAAAAGAAGAGCUGUACUCACAAAUUAAAGAGCUUGAGCAUUAUUGGGAAAACGCAACCCCUAAGCUUGAAGAAGCUGAAAAAACCAAAGCUCAACAAAAAACCAAAAUAAAAGACUAUGAAAACCGAAUAAGAGAGCUUGAAAUAGAAAAAGAAGAAAUCGAAAAGCAAUACCUCGAAAAAGUUGACGAAAUCCGAGGAGAAAUUAAAAAUGCAUAUGCAGAGUUCGAUAAAACUGUAGAAAAAUACGAAGGACAAAUUUCAAGCCUCAAGGAACAAAUUUCAUUAGAACUUAAAAACAGAAAAGGUGCCAAAAAAGCUUCUGAAACUAUUGACUAUAUGAUGCAGAUUUCCAAAAAAGACGCAGUCAUAAGAUCACUAAAAACUGAGCUAAAAUCUAUUAAGCCUAAAAAAGAUAAAAAGCAGCCUAAGUCUGUCCCAGAAGAGCAGCAAAAUGAAGUUGUACUUUUAGAAAGCCAAAUUUAUAAGCUAAAAGCCAUUAUAAGAAACCUCGAAUCACAAUUAGCAGGAGUCAAAGAAGAAGCACAAAAACUCAGAGUCGAGCUUGAUAUGAACAUAGAAAUGCAUGAACAAAAUCGUGAUAAAGACCAAACAAACCGAAAAGAGCUGCAGGAAUUAGAAAGAAGACACAGGUUUGAAAUGCAAAGACUUGCUGAAGAAGUAAAUAGAAUCAGAGAAAGAUGGCACUCCCCAGAAGACUGGAACCAAUUAGUGAACACAAAUAAAGAACUUGAGCUCGCUUUAAAGAGGGUUUCUGACGAACUUAAUCGAAAAAGAGACUUAUUAGAGAACUAUAAAUCUAUUAAGGACCAGCAAGAAAACGAAACAAAUGCUAUGCAAGACGAAAUUGAACAAAUUAAAGAUAUUUCUGAAAAACUCAAAAGAAUGAAAAAUGAGCUCGGCAGAAAAGAUAAGGCGAUCUAUGAGAUGAAAAAUGCAUUAGAACAGUCCAGAGAAAGCGAAAAAAGGCUAAAUGAUGAUAACAUUGUAAUGGCUGAAAAACUGAGGAGCUUCAAAAAUGAUUUGGCUAGAAAAGAUGCAAUGAUAAAAGAUCUGAAAUCCAGGCUAGAUUCCUAUUCGUCAGAUAUCGAAAAUGGAAAGAUUCUUUCAGACCAGACUGAAAAAUUAAAAGACCAAGUAAGAAAACUUAAAAACGACUGUGAUCGAAAAGACACGCAGCUGAAAGCUAUAAAAGUCAAGCUUGAAACUACCGAAAUGGAUUUAGAAGCAAUUCAAGCUGACCGACAAAAUGCUUCCACAGAUGCUUUUACAUCUCUUGAAAAAGAAAUCAAGAAAAAUGAAAAACUCCAGCAGCAGCUUAAAAAAGCUGAAUCUCAGCUUCAAGCUUUAUUUAAUAUUACCAGACGAAUUUUUAGAGAAUUAUCAGCUUCUGUAGAAGGGCUUAAGUCAAAACUUGGCAUGUCAGGACAAAUUGAUAGAGAAUAUUAUAGCGACUGCAUGGAUAUUUUGAAUCUUGAUGCAGAUGAGCUCAGUGAGUUUGUAACGCCUGGCUCAAAAUCAAUUGGAAGCACUUUAGAACAAAUUGAGAGAAUGAUAGAUAAUAAAGAGCUAGACCCUGGAGAAGUCAUUGAUUUGUUUAAUAAGCUUGUAGAAGAAAGAGUCGAACUGGAAAAAAGCUCUGGGGAUUGUGCUAAAAAAUAUGAGGAUUAUAUAAAGAGGAUGAAACAGGAAAUUGUGCAUCAAAGAAAGGCAUAUGAAGAAAGAAUUGCAGAUUUAGAGAGAAAUUUGAGAAGAUAA